AUGUCUGCAAUACGCUAUUUGAGAAAAUUCUUUCGAAAAACAAAAUCGAGCGACGUGGCUGAGAUUACUUCGCCAAGCAGUCCAACAAGAGAGAAGAACGGGUUGUUUAUCCUCGCAGACACAACUGAAGGGCCAGCAGAAAUUGAUAUUGUUGCCGUUCAUGGUCUUGGAGGUGAUGCCUAUGGCACUUGGGACGAUGAUGGCCAGCUCUGGUUGCGAGAUUUCCUACCGCAUCAGAUCCCCCGCUGCCGGGUCCUGACCUACGGAUAUGAGUCUAUCCGUAAAUUGAGUAGCUCAGUCACUGGGAUUAAUGACAUUGCGGCAGACCUUCUGGAAAGGCUAAAUGGGGAGCGAACAACAGAGCAGGAGAAAUCUCGCCCUAUAAUUUUCAUUUGCCAUAGCCUCGGAGGUAUAAUCUUCAAGCAGGCCCUGAUUAUGGCCAACGAGCAACUUUCCUUCUAUUCGCAUCUCCUACACAAAGUGAAUAGCGUUGUUUUUAUGGGCACGCCUCAUCGAGGCGCUGGCAUUGCCUUUUGGGGAGAGUUUCUAACACGUGCCUCAUUUGUCGCUGACUUGGGCUUGAUGGGAAACACAAGACUCUUGUCCGACCUUAAGAAAAACAGUCCAACCCUCGCUGAGAUAUCACGGCAAUUUACCCAUAGAGGUAGAGACCUACAUAUUAGGAGCUUUUAUGAGCGAGAAAAGUACAAAAACACACUCGUUGUCGAUCCAGAUUCUGCGCAAUUAAAUCUCCCCAAUGAGAAGCGCAUUCCCAUACAGGCCAACCAUAGAGCUAUUUGCAAGUUCCCAUCGGCGGACUGUCAAAAGUACAAGCCUGUCAUAGGUGCCAUUAAGGAACUGGUUGCUGCAGCUGAAGUAGAUUACCAUACUGCCGUUAGCUCGGCCGACAUUAAACGUUGGCAUAAACAACGCCCUAUCAGUUCUGCUGUGUCCCCAAGCGAAGCUUUUGAAACCACUCAUGUGGAUCGAUUCAAUGACACCGUUGAAACAUCUCUUCCAUUGUUGUGGUUCCCUAGCAUGGGAACUCGUCUCCAAGAUCUCGCAAAACCGGUUGAACUGACAUGUCACUGGUUGUUUCAUCAUCCGGUUUACCGGGACUGGUUUGACGGCAGGAGCCGACACAAAUUUUACGGUCUUCUCUGGUUAAAAGGGAAGCCGGGAGCGGGGAAGUCGGUGUUGAUGAAAGAGGCCUUCCGGAGAGCUAAACUAAAGCAAUCUACUUCAUCAGACAAUUUUUCUGCGGCCUUCUUUUUUAAUGCUAAGGGAGACGAAUUAGAAAAGUCUCCCGUUGGCUUAUUCCGAUCCCUACUACACCAACUACUACCUAUUCAUCCAGAUCAUCCCCAACUAGUCUCGGCAGUCUGGUACGACACAAUUCUAGAGUACCGGGACGGUGGAAGGAAACUGCCUUGGAGAGAAGCAGAGCUGAAAUCGAUUUUUGAGGCAAUUAUUUCCCAGCUAUCACCCAAGAAUCGGGGAAUGUUCAUUUUCGUUGAUGCACUGGAUGAGUGUGAUUUGCUCAGCAUCCGCCCUCUCGCCUACUUCUGGCGGGAAAUCACCAAAUCUGCUUACGGUGCUGGGAUUGAUCUGAAAGUUUGUUUAUCCAGCAGACCCUUCCCGUCUGUGACAGUCAGUGACUGUGUCGAGAUAGUUGUGGAAGAACACAAUGGCGAUGACAUUGCAACAUAUGUAGAUCAGAAGUUCCAUCUCGGCUUUGCCGCUGAGGAACCAAGAUGGGAGGAGCUCAGGGAUAGGGUCCUGGAUAAGUCAGGCGGGGUAUUUCUUUGGGUCAUUCUAGUGAUGGACACUAUCAUCAAUGACUGGGAGGAUGGGAAGGGGUUUCAAUACUUGUCAAAACAACUUGAUGUUGUACCCCAAGCACUUGAAGACCUAUUCUCUCAGAUGUUUUCUUCUCUCAACCCGGAAGAGAAGAGUUUAACCGUCCGCCUCUUCCAGUGGGUCAUUCUUUCAACCAAACCUCUUCGCCUUCAUGAAUGGCACCACAUAUUAGCGUUCAUCCGACGACCGGUACCGUUGUCCUUGCAGGAGUGCCGAGCAUCCGAUUAUGUUACCGAGGACGAUGCUCAUCUUGAGAAACAAAUCCGAAGUAUCUCAAAGGGGCUUGUUGAGGUAAGGCCACGUGGGCUUGACAUCCAUACAACGGGUUUUGACAAUUCAUCUGCGUGUGCUGCAGCUGGAUCCCUCGACCUCGAACAGGGCGAGACCCGGGUCGUUCAGGUCAUACACCAGUCAGUCAGGGAGUUCUUCUUGUGGAGUAACGGAUUUUUGGUCUUGGAUCCGAAUCUUGAAAGCGAUGUUUAUGGCAAUGGUCAUCUCUCAAUCAUGAGUACAUGCCUCGACUAUAUAAGAAUCACAGAAUUAGAUGCUCUCAUUCAGGCGCGACGGGCUCGGCCAGGUAGUUCGGAUGCCAGAGAGAACUUGGAGCCCCAAGCAUGGCGUAGACCCCGACCUUCUCGUUCUGUCCCUGUAUCUGAAAAGGACGUCCAUAAUGAGAGACGUCUCGGUCCGACUCGGGAACAAAUGAACCAAGUGGAGGAGGAAGGUUCUCGGAUGGACAUGCUCGGAAAAUUCUUCAGCACAGCUCCGCAUAUUGAUAUCCCUCGAUGGAUGGAGACGAGCCAGUUAGCUGCUGACAUGGCUCUGAGUGAGUCAUCACCUUGCUCAACUACGCAUCGCUCUCUUUCAUGUCGAUCCCAGGUCUUGGAAGCAUAUCCAGCAUUGCUUUCAUACGCAACUUUCGAGCUGUUCUCCCACGCUCGGCUUGCAGACAAGAAAGGCACAGAUCCGAGCCACAUUAUUAGCCGUCUCGAGGAACAAGAUCUCUGGGACCGUUGGGUGACACUUCGAGAAGACAUACCUCAAGGAUUGAAUCUUCCUGACUACGCUAUGUCCCAGAGACUUUCCACAUGGGUAGACUACAACUUUGACAACAGAGAACCCAUAGCUCCCAGUCUAAUCGCUACUGAUGAGAAAUCCCGAGGAGAAAGACGUGAGUCCAAUGCAGAACUCAAAACAACGGCGAAAGAUUUCCCAAUUGAGAUUAAGGCUGCAGUUACUACCACUGGGUUGGUAACUAGUGAUAAAAAGGAUAAGCAAUGCAGUCAUGACGACGUGUUGAAUCAGUCGAAAAAGAGGCUCUUACCUAAAACUCCAUUACAGGACACUGUUGAGGAAGAGUGGGUGACAUAUGCUGAGGACUAUGAGUACUACGAUAAUCACAACAAGGAGUACCAGCACGGGUCAUAUGGGUUUAGGAAAAUAGGCAGUGUUGCAAGUUUUAGUUCCGCGGGGAGUCAUUCGGGAAGUCAUACGGGGAGUCAUACAGGGAGUCAAACGGGGAAAUAA